AUGCCAACAGCAAGGAAAUCAAAGACGACACAGAAGGCAGCACCCGCACCGGAUGAAGUGGUCACUCACUUGGCUGGGGGCGCGAUGCAGUCGCAGUUUUGCAUCAAGGGCUACCAAGGCCUUCCUACCGCGACCGAAUCCGAGGCUGCUCUACCAGCGACCCGCACUACUUGGAGCCGCUCUGCGCGCAACACGCAACCACCACCCGCUCCUGCGCGCACGGCUCAACCGCCUCCCAUGCAAGCACAUCCCCCUCCACGGACUCCUCCUCCUCUGCCGGUUCAGCCGGCUUGA